CUUUAGUUUUCGUCUGGGGCCACGUCCUCUCUGACACCGAAUAGGCUAUCGGUGGAUUUUUCCAUGCAAAAAAUAACCGAGAAAAUAAUGAACACUCGGCUGUAGAUAUGUCUCAUCCCCGUGCUGUUUAGAUUGUCCAUCCAUCAAAGAGUUCGAUAAAACGAAAGACCAGAAGUGUUACAGGUUAGUCUAAUAAUUCUGGAAAAAUAUGUCUGGCUUCGAGGAAAACCCCUUUGGCGAGCCAACUGUCAACGAUCCCUUCUCGGAUCCCUCGGUGCAGCGUGCAGUAGGCACGAAUCCUAUUCCUCGAGGAAUUGAGGAUUACAAUCCAUUUGCCGAGCCUGGAUCACAAGCAAAUGCCCAGCAAGUUCGUGGUGCAUCAAAUCCACCCCUUUACGGUGGUUAUGGAGCGACACCCGUUCCAGCCACAUUACCGGCGACAAAUCAAGAUCCACCACCUCCGGCGUAUGCACGAUCACCACAGCAGACUGUUCCUACGACGUUGUCACCCAGUGCUGAGCAACAGAGGGCUGAGGAGGAGUGGAAAGCCAGGACUGAGGAGGAGGCGAGACGACCGUCAUAUCCUCCCAACGGAAACAAUUGGCCACCAUUACCCGAUAAGUGCUGCUUCCAGCCGUGCUUUUACCAAGACAUUGACUUUGAAAUUCAACCAAAUUUUCAAAGAAUCGUCAGACACCUGUAUUACCUCUGGAUGUUUCACGGUUUAGUAUUACUACUCAAUGUAUUGGGAGGAUUGGUCCUGCUGUUGGCAGACGGGGAGUUUGGAACAUUCGGUCUCGGUAUUCUCUACUUCAUUCUCUUCACACCAUUCUCAUUCAUCUGCUGGUUCCGGCCGGCGUACAAAGCAUUCAAGACCGACAGCUCCAUCAACUUCAUGGUCUUUUUCUUCAUAUUCUUCUUCCAACUCGUUGUCACGAGUAUUCAGGCUAUUGGAAUACCUGGCGCUGGCACUUGUGGUAUCAUCAAGGCGAUAAACUCUUUCGGUCACAGUGCAAAGGACACUUUUGUUGGCAUUUUCAUAUUAUUGAUCGCCAUUUGUUACUGUGUAGCGGUCGCUGGUGACCUUCUACUUCUGUCCAAGAUUCACCGAAUGUAUCGCUCCUCCCCAGCAAGUAUGUCGAAAGCCCAGCAAGAGUUUACCACGACUUUCCUGAGAAACGAGCAUGUUCAGAGUGCAGCUGGUAACGUAGCAGCUAGUGCUGUUCGUGCCCAAAUGACAAACGCCACCCAGCCGCGUUACUGAACAUGAACACUUUGUGAGUCCAUUGAAGAAAAAAAAAUCAAUAACUAAAAUAAAGAACAAAAAAACCGAUGUAGAUACUGCGUCUCACCCACCAUAGUUCAGCUCGACGAGUAGAAUUAUUCUCCCCUGAAGCUCUGAUGUAUGCAUACUAACAGCUGAAUGCGAUUUACGUCUCUUUGUCGACCCAGAGGGGAUCAAAUUUAUCACAGAGCUCUGGGCUCUCUUAUUUAUUCAUAAAAGAAUGAACAAAAACAAUCAAUUUGAUACAAAGGGGGGAACGCACGUGCAAAUUGAUAACAUUAAUAUUCAAUCAGUGUCUCGUUUAUUGCUUUACUGACUCUUUCGAGGUUUAUCGUUAUUGUUUCCACGAAACUUGUGAGUAUUAAUCUGUAUAUCAUCAUUGGUGGAUUGAGGAUUUGCUGUGAAGACUUUUUACAGUUAUUUCUGGUGAUAAUGACUACAUUGAGUGUAAUUAUACGUAUGCUAUCGUAUUAUAUGCACAGUCAUUCUGACGAUUUUUUUAAUUGUUAAUGAACUCUGUUGAAUUAACGACGUCGAGUAUUUAAUUAAUUAAAAUUUGUUUUUCUUUUCUGAUUUAAAACUAGUCGGUCACAAUUCAAAAUUAUUCGAGGAAUAAACGACUGCGUUUGCUUUAUUUUCUAUAGUGUCUUCAUCAUUGGAAGAAUAGAUCAUUUAACAGUGCACUGUUCGCUAACGAAGUUCUAUGGGUCAAACAAAUGUAAAAAUCAUUGAAAUGACAAAAUGAUGAUAGACGAGUUAUUCGGACACGAGUAUGUAUCGUUAUUUUUAUAUAGUCUCUAGGGAAAUGUGAGGGGGUGCGGAGUUACGGAGUCCCACGUGAAUUCGUAUUCAUAUAAUGUUUGAUUAUAGUACAGCAACAAUAAACAAUUUAAUUUUUACAAGGAUGUCGUUAUUAAAAUUAUGUGAGAAUUUAUGUUUAGUGCGUUAGGCCGCUGGGACUUUUCAUUACGUUAGAUGAAUAAAUCAUUUUAAUGAAUAAUUUAAUGGAAGUGAGGAUAUUUGAUGAUUGGAAAAAUUGAAAAAUUCGUGUCAGGGGUGAAUGGAAUGUUAAUUGAGGACCUGCUGUUGAUAUGGUGAGGGAUGAUGAAUUCUUGAUGAGAGUGAAUAUUAAUUACUGUUGAUUGUCUGACGAGGAGCCCAGCAGGUGCUCCAAACCGAGUAAUUCCAAUAGUUCUGUUGCUGAAAAAAAUGAAAAAAAAAGAGUGAAGAAACCAAUUGAAUGGGCAUGCGAGUUGUUUAGUGGGGAAAAUGUCAGAGUUCUAACUUUCUUGAUUAAAUACGGCCAUUGGAUCCUUGGGGAAUGGACAGCCAGCGUCAUUGUACGUGGGAAUUGUACCAACAAGUUGAGCUGCAACUAUUGCGUCCAUAAUAUCGACUUCCUUCUUGUACAUUAAUCUUGCAUGACCCUCCGCCAGUCUUAAAUAUCGAAGUGAAGUCUUAUUAAUUUAUCGAUAUAAUAAAGUUGUACGAUUAAUCA